AUGUCACUGUUCAACGUCAACAAGCAGCUUACUUUCUACGGUGCAUAUCACUCGAAUCGCGUAAAUGUGGCCAUCCAUAUCAUCUUCGUACCAGUUCUUCUAUGGACUUUCCAGGUGAUGGCUACCCGCAUUCCUUUGCCAUCUGCAGUGCCGACCGUCCACCACGUCUUCAACGAUUACCUGGUCUUCGAUCUCAAUGUACCGGCCAUCCAUGCUGCUCUGUACUUCCUGUAUUAUCUGGCUUUGGAGCCCGUAGCUGCCAUUCUCUACGCCCCCCAGUUGACCCUUUCUGUGCUUACUGCAACUGCCUUCGCCCGAAACGAUUACAAUGUAACCCAGGCUGCCCUUCUCCAUGUCGGAUCGUGGAUCGCCCAGUUCGCCGGCCACGGUCUGGCGGAAAAGCGUGCCCCUGCUUUGCUCGAUAAUCUCAUCGGCGCCGUUGUUCUCGCCCCCUUCUUCGUCCAUCUGGAAUUGCUGUUCAAGGCUGGCUAUCGGCCUGCAUUCCACCGGGAGAUCCAGAAUUCCAUCGGGGUGGAAAUCGCACGGAUUCGAAAGAUACAAGGGGAUAAAGCCCGCGCGAAGCAGCUGUAG